UAUUGCCUCUUUUAAAAUAAACGUGCUUCCGGUGAAAUUGAAGGUUUGUCUACAAACCCACGUCCUUAAAUCUGAAAAUUGAGCCCUCAGCUGAUACCAGAGCCUACCUCAUCCUCUCAACUCUCAUUUCAUACCUCUGUAGAGAAUAGAGAUCACUGUUCUGCUCUGUGGAACAACCUCCUUAAUCAUGGCGCUCCGUGGAUCUACCUUCUGCUACAAAGUAAAUUUUAUUGAUAGGCGGCAGCCAUGUUCUUGCAUUAAUCGUUUCAAGAGGCUUCCCCAUCACAAGGACAAUCACUUGUUCUCGCCUGCUACUUCUGCAACGCAUUAUUUUCCUCUCAAGCUGCACAUUGAAGGAAGAACUCCACUUUUUAGAAAAACAUCCCGGUUGUUGUCACUAAGAGCAUGUCAAGUAACAAGCGAAGACUCGGAAGAAAUUAUAAGUGGUGAAAGCAUCAUAUGGGAUGAGCAAGCCUUAAUGCGGGAUCUACAGAUUGCCAUUGAAGAAGAGAAUUAUGCCCAAGCUGCAAAACUCAGGGAUAGCCUUAGAAUACUCCAGGAGGAUAGUAAGGCUUCAGUACUGGCAGCAAAUGCUCGUUUUUAUAAUGCAUUCAGGAAUGGGGACUUGGCUUCCAUGCAGUCCCUCUGGGCAAAAGGAGAUAACGUUUGUUGUGUACACCCAGGAGCCAGUGGGGUUACUGGUUAUGAUGAUGUUAUGGAAAGCUGGGAACUUGUGUGGAUGAACUAUGAUUUCCCACUGGAGAUUCAGUUGAAGAAUGCUCGAGUUCAUUUUAAGGGUGAUGUCGGUUAUGUAACUUGUGUGGAAUUUGUUAGGACAAAAGGCAGCAGCUGGGGGGCACAGUUUGUAACAAACGUUUUUGAGAGAAUUGAUGGUCAAUGGUACAUCUGUAUUCACCAUGCUUCACCUGUCGACUUGUAAGAAACUCUCAGUACAUGAUCCCUGUUUAAGAGCUCCUCCAGGCCUAAAGCUAGAUCCUUCCAACAGGUGAAACAGGUGGACUUGGAGUGUAUUUCACAGGUGCUUCCCCCAGGACAGUGGUGCGAAUCUUCUUCAGUCCAUUUGCAUUUCUGGAUUCCUGAUGAACUUUUUCUUUGGACACGUUACUCUGUUCAGCGAGAUCAGAUGAUUUCUGGCAGCUUAUAAUUGUGACACAAAUGAAGAACGCCUGUAACAAAGAAAUUGAUGGACUGAACUCAACUGAGUACUUCCCCUUCUCAACUGGUGUCAUGCUGAAGAUGGGAGUAUCUUGUGCUUCUCCCUGUAUAAAUAAGUAGGAUGUAUGAAUCACAAUACCGAUAUGAAUGUGAAGUCAAAUUCUCAGGUAAAACACAAGCAGUACCUGAACAAAAAGUUCAAAUCGAUUUGAUCUCAGGCAAGCAUUGGAUGUCCUUGGAAGCUUCUUGUGUUGGAUUUCAGUGGAUAGGAUACGGAGUUCACAACCAACAUCCCAACCUCCACAGUCGCAUGAUCCACCAGAUCUCCAUCGGUGAAUCAAUGGUGAAGGAACUCCUGUGUUUGGCAAACUAUGGACACCGCCAGGAAUUAUGACUGUGCAACUAUUAGAGUGUUCAUUCUCUGGCAGGUGCCAUGAGAAUCCCUUUUCCAUGAUAUUUUUUUCUUUAUCAGUCUGCUGCUUGUCAAAGUCAAAGCCUAUGUUUCCACUAGGCAUCUUGACAACAAUGGCAGCAAGCUCUGCGUUUGGCAUUAACUUUGGUGAUACCUGGCCUGUCUGUCUCCGCUCAACACCAAACAACACGGACUCUUUUACCAUAUACUGGGCAUUGGAGUUCUGCUCAGCCGAAUCCAAGGAAGAAGAGCUGUUAACCGUCAUCUGGCCAACCACAUUAUAGACAAAGCCACAACUUCUCUCUUUACUACCUUGACUUAUCCAGCUGCCACUUUUUUUCUUAAUCUCUUCAAUGGUAUACAACACAUAGUUGCAGCCUUGAUCAUUAUUCCCAGGUGACAUUAAAUUUUUCACAGGGGCUGCAACAAUAAUACUGUUGUUAUUGAUCACAAAUCUGAACAAAGGAAGUCCAUUCCUCAUAGUAAGCAACAGAUGAGCUUUUAUGCUUGAUGCCUCACGCUCUUUGUUUUGAUGUGAUUCAGUAGUGUUAAUUGGCUUAAAGCUGUAGGAAUUCAGGCUUCCUCUGAAUAGUUGAUCAGUUUGAGCAGAAGGAUUUGGAGUUAAACCCUUGGACUUUAGCAAUGGAUCCAAUAAUCUUCUUAAAGGGCUGGAUUUGGAUCUAUGACAACUUGCUUUCUCUCUGUUUGAAUCAUCCAAACCAGCAGAAGCUUUGGAUAACACUGGACCAGACUUCACCGAAACAUGUGUGGAAGUCAACCGUGGAACAGCUGAACUCUCCUUGAAGCUAAAACUUCUGGUCAUCUGACCUAAGCUGAAGCUAAAUCGGCGAUUUGGUGAAGGAUGUCUGCCUUUUCUAGCUGCCACUUCUUCUGUAUCUUGGUUGAAUAUCUUUGAUGUUUCAACUAGAAUUUCAUUUGAAGACUUAAUAGUGUUGAUUGCAUCGGAUGACAGCUCUGCAUCCUGAGUAUUGAUUGCAUCAGGUGCCAUCUCCUGUUGUUCAAUGUUAAUCUCAACUCUAGGAGACAGUGGACAUGAGUGAGGAAUUUCAUAAUUAAGUUCUGAAGAGUAAAACUCGUCAGAAAAGCCAUAUGACAAGGUAUUUUGAUUUGCUCCUGUUACAGUCUCAUUCAAUGAUGAUGUUGGUUGCUCUUGGAAGCUAUUGUGGACAAAUUUUUUGGGAAAAAGGAGAACAAUGUUUUUCUUCUCAUCGCCUUGAUGUUGCCAAGGAAGAUCAAUAGUUGAUUGUUGCAGCUCCAUUCUCUUCUUCAUUCUACCAUUAUUUUCAUUCUUCUUUCCCUUUGCAGUGGGUGAAAUGUUAUCAUUUUUCAUCUUUGAUGAUGAAGCUCCCAUGCUUGGAGUGAUCUUCUGUUCCAAAGCUUUUCUCUUUAUAUAAACUUCUUGCAUCUCCUCUAGUCUCUGCUUGGCUUCUCUAUCACAAGUAUUCAAACUUUCUUUGGGCCCAAUUGGCAUCCCAUUGUUUCUGGAAUUGGAUGACCGAUUUUGAACUUUUGAAGUGAUUUUAUUGUGCAACUCUUUUCUUCUCCCCUUCUCAAAAGUUGUAUCUGAACUAUUUCCAUCAAGAGACUUAUAGCUGCAAAAUACCCUCUUCUGUCCAUCAAAGUGGCUCUUGGAAGCAUUCGCCACAUCCUGAAAGAGCAUAGCAUCCCGGACAGAUGAUUUGGCAUCUCGAGAAAUGCCAUCAUUUAAAGAAGAACUAUUUCUGGAAGAAAGUGAAGGACACUGCUUGCUUUGAUAUGCAGGAGUCUCAUUAUGAGCUUGACCAUAAAAGGUAGAUGACCUAUUAGUCAUUCUAGUUGACAAAUUACUGCUAAUCAAAGAUGCCUUGUUGCCUACUCUCAUUGGGGUGCUCUUUUUGUUGCAUUUCCAAUUCUCUAAACGAGACCAAUCCAAAACACCAACAUUUAAAGCCUUAUCCUGGAUGUUUUCUUUUUUGUCCACACGCUGGAGAUAACGAGGCAAAUUUGACAUAUACUUGACAAGCUCAUCAUCUUUUGUUGCCCUUACAAUGACAGAGAGCUGCUGGCUAUUCACUGUAGUCUUUUGUUGGACCAUGGCCCUAGCAUUUGUAUGUUUUCUUAGUUCAUGGGGCAGAUCAUCAUAUGGCUUAUUGAUGUAACUUUUGGCUUUUAACUUGUCUUGAUGCUUUAUGCUCUGUGUUGCUUGGGUUAGAAGAACCAUAUCCUUGACUAUCUUGGAAUUCUGCUGCUGUUUUGAACUCUUUUUUACGCCUAAACUGCUGAAUCCCAUUUUGUUAGA